AUGACCCAGCAUCUUCUCGACGACAGCGCAUUCGUUCCUCAACAGGCCCGACUCGAAGCGACCAGCCACAACGGUAACAAGCCCGGUGUGACCAGUCCGCCGAAGAAUGGCAUUGUGUGUGAUACGAUGGGGCCCGCGAUGUUGAACAAUGGCACGGAAGCGGGGCUAGGUGCCCAGGACCGCGUGCCGUCCCCUCUGCUGUAA